AUGUUGAUGGUCGAGAAGCAGUGGAUUCUUGUACAGCAGAAGACAUUCACCAAAUGGCUCAAUAAUAAGUUGAAGGCCAGGAAUCUGGCCAUCAACGACCUGAGACAGGAUUUAUCCGAUGGAGUCAAUCUUAUCCAUCUACUGGAAAUCCUCGGAGACGAAUCCCUUGGUCGAUAUGCCUCCAAACCAAAGCUCCGUGUACAGAAAUUCGAAAAUGUCAACAAAGGACUCGACUUUAUCAAACUACGCGGAAUACAAAUGACCAACAUCGGUGCUGAGGAUAUCGUCGACGGAAACCAAAAGAUCAUUCUCGGCUUAAUAUGGACUCUUAUUUCAAAAUUCACCAUCAGCGAUAUUAGUUCAGAGGGCAUGUCCGCCAAGGAAGGAUUGUUGUUAUGGUGUCAACGCAAAACGGCUUGUUACCCCGAAGUCGAGGUUCGAGAUUUUUCGGCGAGUUGGAAUGAUGGACUGGCUUUUUGUGCGUUGCUGGAUAUUCACCGACCUGAUUUGAUUGAUUUUGAUUCCUUGGAUAAAAAUGAUCACCGAGGCAAUAUGCAACUGGCCUUUGAUAUUGCUGCCAAUGAGAUUGGUAUCCCGGAUUUGCUCGAUGUUGAGGAUGUGUGCGAUGUGGAUAAACCGGAUGAGCGGUCCUUGAUGACGUACAUUGCAUAUUGGUUCCAUGCCUUUUCGCAGUUGGAAAAGGUCGAAAAUGCCGGGCGACGAGUUGAGAAGUUUGUGAGCAAUAUGCAAGGUGCCUGGGAAAUGCAGUCUUCGUAUGAGAAACGGAUGAAGGAACUCUUAGCUCAGAUUGCGAACCAAAGAUCUGAAUGGCAGGGAGCGUCUUUUGAGGGUACAUAUACUGAUGCAAAGGUGCAGCUUGCUGAGUUUUCGCAUUAUAAGAGAAAUCAGAAACGGAAAUGGGUAGCAGAAAAGUCCGAUCUUGCUGCGUUAUUGGGAAAUAUCAAGACCAAGCUCAGCACGUACCGUCUACGGCCCUAUGAACCUCCCGCGGACUUGGCUCUCGACAAAUGUGAUCGAGACUGGGAGGAGUUAAUGAAAGAGGAGCACGAACGCAGUCAACUCAUCAAUGAGGCCAUCAGGGAUAUCAAGAACAAGUUGCGCCGCUCUUUUGCCGACAAGGCCAAUGAUUUUGCGCUUACUCUGAAGACAUUGACUCUUGCGAUCUCGGGUCUCGAAGGCGAUGUUGAAGACCAAUUGACUCAUGUCAAGCGUUUGAAUGAUAAUCUACCGCCUCUUGACGCAUUCUUGGAGACUAUUGCAGAUCUAGAAGAACAGUGUGCCGAAGCGAACAUUGAUGAGAACGAUUACACGACGUAUACGCUGGACGAGUUGUCUUACGAGCUGGGACUGGUCAAGUCAAGCGUGGCCAAAAAGCUUGCAUUCUUAGAGAAUCAAAUGGUGGCACGGAACAUGACCAAUCUCACCCCAAUACAAUUGGAAGAAUUUGAGUCUGUGUUUCGACAUUUCGAUCGCGAUGGAUCUAACACUCUACAAGAAAUCGAGUUUUCGGCAGCUUUGGCUAGUUUGGGUCUUGUCUAUGAUGAAGAGGAGAUGCAUGAAGUGUUUUUAGAAACUUGUGGCCGCAACUCUACAGUCAGCUUCGAGCAGUUUAUUCGGUUCAUGGUUAGUGUGACGGAAGAUCAGAACACUGCAGAACAGGUGUUCCAGAGUUUUCGUGAAGUGGCCGAUGGAAAGCCAUACGUUACAGAACUCGAUCUCCGACACUCUCUUAUCCCCGACGAACUUAUCGAUAAUCUUCUCGAGUCUAUGCCCAAGCACGAAGGUCCCGAUCUUCUAGAAGACAGGGACUUACCGAAAUACGAUUAUAUCACAUUUAUGGAAAAGAUGAUGGACAACCAAGGAACGUCAGAAGAUAACAAACGUGCGAUCAAUGGUGGUCAUUGA